GCCGCGCCGGCGCGCCGUGCGAGCGUUUAUAUACCGUGUUCGCGCCGUACAGGUAUUGCGCUGCGUGCCUGUCGUCUGCCAGUCAAAAUAAUAGUUUAAAAAAUGAUUACGCAAUUUGCCACAUUAAAUAAUUUGAUAGGAAUAAUUUGUACGCGAUAAAUGUCGGCGUAUCUAUUAAGGAAACUGGAAAGCUCGUUUUAAAGGACUAAGACUCCUGCACGGCUAGCAAAAAAUAACCAUGUUAGCGGGAUUGCCAAAAAAAAUCACAAGGUCGGUGUCGAACAUUUCGGCGAUGCGCGGCAAGAACGAAUCGUCGAUGAUGACGUCGUCGUCGCGAGGAGCCCCGUCGGAAGUGGCGAGCGCCGAAAUGUCGUGUUACGGCGUGUUCCGUAAACUGGAACCCGUCGGCAGCGGCGGCGACGGCGGGGGAGAGCGCAUCACGGCCGGCCGGCAGUCACGACCGUUCGCGCCGCCGACAUCGUCAGUCAGUCCGCGAGUGUCAGCGUUCGCGUGCGCUAUCGCCGUAGCCGACGACGAACACGAGGACCACGACGACGUAAACACCGACCACGACUGUUGCAAUUUUGACCGUGAGACGUAUUUGGUGUACGGUUGUGACGCGGCCACAGCGAUCACUACGACGUCGACCACGGUUACGACGGACGCGGCUUCGACGGGUGGUCGCGACGAGAGCGGGCUGAGCGAUUUCGGCGGAGCGGUCGCUUGGGACGAGUACGACUACUGCUGUACCGCGGACAUCGCGGUGGGUACCACGGUCGAUCUCCGCGGGGGCGCGGCCGCCCCUUUCAGUCACACCCCGAUGGGCUCGACCACCAAGCUCGUGGGGAUCGACGCCAACAGCGAUGACACGCCAAAGAUAUAUUGCUGCAAAUCAAAUUGUCUGCAGAGUUUUGGCACGCUGUUGAUGACCGUCUCACUGACAUUAAGUUUAGCGAACGUCAUACGACUGCCUCGGAUGGUAUUUCUGUACGGUGGAGGUACGUUUUUGGUAUCAUACCUCACAGUUGCCAUUGUGUUUGGAGUUCCUCUCUUAUUUUUGGAGAUAACGCUCGGUCAGUUUUGUCAACAGGGCACCACUAAGUUAUGGAGAGCCGUACCUCUGCUCAAAGGUGUCGGAUUCGUCAAAGUCUUGGCGUCCGUGUUACUUGCUGCUUACUACCCGAUAAUUAUGGCGUUAUCUUUAUUUUACGGCUCACGUAGUAUUAUUGGAAGUAUUCCAUUUCCGGAGUGUAGCAAUUCAAUCAGUUUUUAUCAAGGGGUGAGUUCUAAUUCUAUCAAUAGUGACCAAUGUCUUCAGCAGACUUUUAUCAAACCUCCGCACUUGAGUUGGCAGUGGAUUGUGAUGGACAUUUUGCUAAUAUUACUUAUUUGGAUCAUAGCCGCUAUAAGCCUGAUAAAAAACAGUAAAUCAUACAGAACAGUGGCAUUACUUGUUGUGCCUGCAACAUUUAUAACAAUUGGAGUUCUAUUAGUCAAAGGACUUAAUGCCAAUCAAAAAGGACUGGAAAUACUGCUGGACAUUCAAUGGGAUACUUUGUGGAAAUUAGAUAUAUGGUAUCACGCCAUAGUACAAUUUUUGUUUACUACUCAUUUGGGAUUUGGUAACAUCACAACUUGUGCAGGUCGAUUGUACUCGAAGUCUAAUCCUUUUUGGACUUCGGUAAUGCUUACGGUUGUCAGUAUUGUAGUCGGUGUGUGUAGCGUUUCAAUUGUUACAAUGUGGAUUUAUGAUAUACAAAUACAAGCCGGAGAAAAAUUGUUCAAUACGUCGGCUAUAUCGGAAGUCUGGUUCCUGACAUUCGUGUACGAAUUAACGGUCAAAGGCAUCCUGUCAGAUAUGUGGGCAGCUUUAGUCUAUACACUGGUGUUUCUUUCCGGAUUCUUGAGUUUGAUAGCUGCUAUUUACACAGCUAUUGUAGGACUAUCCGUAGAAACCAAAGAAAAGUGGAAAUGGUGGAUAUUGACUUGUAUGGUAUGUUUUAUCGGCUUUUUGGUGGGUGUCCUGUGCCUUUUGCCCGAAAACCUUCAAGCCGUACACUUAUUGGACGAGUACAUCAUUGGUCGUAUGGUGGUCACAUCCACUGUGCUGGAACUGAUUGCUUUCGUUUGGAUCUACGGAAUGGAGUCAUUAUCAAACGACUUCGAGUUUGUACUCGGAUACAAACUGUGCUUCGUGUGGAAAUUUGUGUGGCUAAGCACUCCGAUUUUGUUUAUGGUGUUUGAGUUUUGGAGUCUGUUCGUAAUGCCGCUAACAGAGUCCGAUUAUAGCUCACAAGAUUCCAUGUGGCUGUACGUCAUCGGUUGGAUCAUUUAUUUGUUCAUGUGGUCGAUGGUUAUCGGUAUAGCCGUGUGGCAGAUAUCCGCUCAGGUGGACUACAAUUUUUCGCAAAAAUUCCUGAGUACCAUUAAACCGGCGCGGAACUGGGGCCCGGUGGACCCAAUAUACAGGCACUGUUGGGUGCAGUGGAAGAAACAGUACCAGGUGACGGGCGAAAGAGACUUCACACUGAGACGACGUGGUACCAAGGACUAUACGCAUUCCAUCAAGCGGGGUAAACACGCUGCACCUCCAGGAACUGCAUACAGUGUCAGUCCGACGUCGUUGGAUCGAACGUCAUCGUGUUACAGCAUAGAUGGUGGCAGAGGUCCGUCUCAUCAGCGCUCUUCUGAUAAACAUUCACAACAGCAACAGCAACAACAACAACAGCAAAACCUCCACCAGUACCAUUACAACCACGCAAUGGCCGACCAAAGGCGGUGGAUCGCCGCGGAACCCAAAAACAGCGGUGGGACUUCUAUCAAUUACAUGUGAAUCGAGAAACGGAUAGUUUUCAUCGUGCGUGUUUUAGUUAUAUUAUUAUGAUACGUUAGGAUACUACGUUUUAUUUAUUUUUAUGGAAAUUGAAGUGUCUGAUUCGUUUGAUUUUUUUUCUACUCGCGUAUCGUAUUAUCUUUGUAAUUUUUACAUAUAUUAUAUAUGAACUAUCUUUAUUUUAUAAGAAGAGUUAAGAGAGACACAUAUUAUAUGCUUUUUGUUUUGUUUUGUUUUUAUUUGUACUCUACAAAAGUGUUUUAUAUAACUAAUAUUGUUUGUUUUAAUUUUAUUCGCGAUAUGAAUGUUAUACUAUGUCGACAUAGAAACCAUUGAAUUACAUCUAUCAAGUACUAUCAAAGUCUCUCCAAACUUUAGAUUAAGGUAUAGGAUUAAUUUUAAGUUACCAUCAUUGAUAGACGUGUCGAUUUCUGUUGUAGUCUAACGACAGUGGUUUUUAUUUAUACGUUUUUUUUUUAAAGGACUGAUUUGUACACAUUUUUUUUUUAUGUUUAAGUUGUUUAAAGGUUUAACAUGCAAUAAUGGUUGACCUUUAUUUUUUAUUAGUAACUAUAUUAUUAUUACUUCGAUGUAAAUAAAAAAAUAAUAUACUAUGAUAAAGUUGUUUAUGAAAUUUUGUGGUUAUUGUUUGUAUAACAAUUACUAACAUGGAUGUAAAUAAUGUAAUCGAAAAUCGAAAUACCUAGAUGAAAUCUUGUACUUGGACCAAAAAAUUAUGUUAAUGUAAAAUCGUCCGUUAUAUAAGUUAUUAGUUUUAAAGUGUACAUAUUAAUAUUCUUAAAAUGUACUUAACUUAUGUCUAAGACUAUAUUACAGUAUUCGGUCAAAAUAUACAAAGACUAAAUAAUAAUUAAACCAAAAUAAAUUUUUCCUUUUACAAUAUUAUGUUAGUAUUGUUAUAGUUAAUAAUAAUUAUAUUAUAUGAAAUAAUACAAUCGAAGUUUAUCGUGUUGAACUAAUAAGCUAAGUACGGCAUACAAUACAAUAUUAUGUAUGACGCCUCAAUUUUAUCAUUUGCUGGACGCGUGGAUUAAUUUACAUGUAUGUAUAAUUGAAUUAUAUAAUAAAUAAACAAAAUAAAUAAUAAUAAUUUAUAAAUGAUGAUUUAUAAAAUUAUUUAUUAAACAAACUACGCAUAAUAGAAAUGAAUUCCUGUUUUUUUUUUUUAUUCAUCAUAUAUUUUAAAAUAUAAUGAAUGUCAUGAAUAUCAUUCAAAUAAAACUAAUAUUUUUCUUAUA